AUGGGUGCUUGCUUGAAUGAUCCUUCAGCGCUCAAGGCCCCCAAGAUUCGAAUCCAGAAAUCAACUCCGCCUCUGACAUUGGUUCUUGGGCUUCGGAUGCUGAAUCUCUUAGCCACUACACCCAAGCGGUCGACGGUUUCCGGUGUGCUCCAAAUAGCCGAUGCAAAUACCAGCUUUGGCGCCAUGGCCCCCAAUUCAGCACCAAGCCCUUCAUUGCGCAGCUUUGCCCGCAUGUCAGGCUUCCCUUCCUACGCAACACACCAAGAUGCCCGACUUCGCGCUCCAGUGAAGAAGGCCGACAAGAAAAAGGCCAAUCUUGAAAUUGAGGAUGCAGACUUUUGGCUGGUGGGAAUCGUUGUCACCUCCAUUAAUGCUGUUAAAACGAGCGAUUGCUGUCAACUGGCACUUCUUGGUCUGCUCCAAAUCUCGAUAAUUUCAGCAAGCUCGAGUCGAAUUUCAUCAUCAUCGAUCCAUGAGGCAGAAUAA